AUGGUAGCCCCCCGCGACUAUUAUGCGGACCUCGAUCUGCCUCCCACGGCGGAGGCCGCUGACAUCAAGAAGCAGUAUCGCAAGCUCGCUCUCAAGUACCAUCCCGAUCGUAACCCUGGCAGGGAGCAGGAGGUCAACGCACAGUUCCUGAUCAUCCAAACUGCCCACGACAUCCUCACGAACCCUUCCGAACGAGCCAACACGCGUCCUUCGGCGGCACCUCCACCGACACCACCACGGACAGAGUCGGCAAGGCAACGGCAGCAGGCAGCUUUUGGCAACCGCAAGACUGGAUACCAGCCACAUGCGUCAGCCUUUGGCGAUGAGCCACCGGUAAGCAACAGCAACUAUACGACACGGCCAGACCCUUCGCGCACCGUACCACCACGACCAACAGAAGAGUGGGAGCAGCCUGAAACCCAGAGGACCGAAAGGCCUAUGCCGCCUCCUCGGAUGCCUGAUCCUCUCAGUCAGUUCCGCGACAACUCCGGCAUGGAUGGACGUCAAAGCUCCCCAUAUAUGGCCCAUUCCGGCGAAAAGACAAAUCCAUUCGACGUCGACACUAGCCAGGGAGCACCCAAGGUUCCGCCCAAGGAGCCUCACACGAAAGCUCGAGCAUCGAGUGCCCCCCGUUCCCAGGAGUCUCCGGCACCAAGUCCAACCGAGCAGAAGGCGAAUGGUAGCCAACGGCCCUCAAUCUUUAGCCUAUCUGAGGAGACUCUGCCGACAACUGCGCCAACGCAAAACUUCGCGCGCAAGAGUGCAGAUAGUAUCAACACCAGCUUCACGAACGAAGACAAGGGUCAAUGGCAGUUUAACGCUGGAGCCCAGCCUGCCCCGGCCUCAGCUGCCCCAUCUGAGGAUUCUUUUACUCACCAACAGCAAGCCGAACAGCCGCCUGAGAUCCCUCGGAAAGAGCCAGUGGGGGCUCCCGAGACGAAAGCAACCCCUGCAAACGAGCCUUUCAACCCCGAGGGCUGGAGCGCACAAUCAUGGAACGAGACAUUCGCACCUCCAUCUCGAACCAACUCGAACCCUUCACCUUUAAAAGCAAGCCGAGCUAACUCGCGGAGAACCAAUCCCGCAAAGUCUAAAGAAGGCUCAACCGCAAAAGAGGCCAUUCUUGUUGACAGUGACGAGGAUGAGAUCUCCUUCAUAGGGAGAGGCACACGGCCUUCAGUAGCAUCGACUGGGAGUCCGCAGGCCAUGGACAUAGAUCCCCCCCCUGUGACCGGUACAGCAACCCAAGGGCCUCGCAUUGUAAAUGUUCAACCGUCUCGGCCCGAAUGGCGCACUGACGAACACGACGGACUACCGAAGGGGGUUGGAACGACUGCAACCCGUGAAAGUCACCUUCGAAAUGCGGAACCCAACCUGAACGGAGCUGGAUCAGAAGAUUCGGCCGAGUUUCAAGCUAAUCUUGCUGAUUUGCGCAACGUUGCUCCUUUCGCCAAUGCCGACGGCACUGGUCUUCAUUCCUUUGGCAGUAUGAAGGACAACCUUCCCUUCGAGAGCAAGGCUUCAGAGACUAUCCCGCUUGAGCCGAAGCCGGUGCAAACGCAGCCACUGGUAUUUCCCGAUGCGCCUCUGGCACCCCGCCCUCCGCCAACAAUGGCUGUGCCUGGGAUGCCGACGAACAACGGGACAUGGGAACGAUAUGUGGGCGACUUUGCAGAGUACCUGCAGAAGUGGGAGGAUUUCACCGGUCAGGUCACAGAUCACUUUGCUGCCCGUAAAACGCAGAUCAUGGGUCUACGCAAGGAGAAGGGCUACGGCUUUCUUGGCGCUCGAAGCGACACGGAUUGCCUGGAGUACUUGAAAUCUGUUCAACAGGAUAAUGACGUGCGUUCCAGGUGGAGCGCAGCCUGCGACGAACACGAGCAAAGGUUACGGGAGUUCAUUGCAUGCCGGGAGAAAGUCAGGUAA